AUUGUUAUCCUAGCCUCAAAUAGUCAAACACCUCGUAGGCAUCUCCUCUCAUAAAGAUUAUCAUUCAUAGCAUUCAUAUGGGCCCAGUUCAUCAUCUUCUUCCUCAAGCGGUAACUCGUAAAUUGUUUGUAAUUGAGGCUCUCUGAGGGAAUCAAAUGCACAGAACUUCCAAUUCCCACAGACCCAUUGCACAUAAUCGUAUUACCAUUGCAUAGCCAUGCCUGUCCGUUUCGAUCUCAAGGACUUUCAAGAUAAGCUGUCAGCUCAGCUGAGGCCAUGGCAGCGUUCUUUCCAAUUCUGGGCUCGCACUGCUGAAAUCUAUACUGGGUAUAAAGCAUUUCAAGUGAGGGUGAGCUUUGAGAAGGAUUUAAAGAAGCAGGAGGCUCUGUGGGAGAAACAACAUGAGCUUGCUGCAGAGAAGAUAUAUAAUAUGUGCUCUGAACUUGGUGGAUUUUUCCUGAAGAUUGCUCAAAUCAUUGGGAAGCCAGAUUUGGCUCCGGCUCCAUGGGUCAAGAAGCUAGUUACCCUAUGUGAUCAAGCCCCUGCUACACCAUACGGCGUGAUCAAAGUAGUGUUGGAGAAGGAGUUGGGUCAAAGUGUUGAUGACCUGUUUGAAAGAUUUGAUGUGCUCCCACUAGGGUCUGCUUCCAUUGCACAGGUUCACCGUGCAAGGCUUAGAGGCGACAAGAAUGAUAUCGUUGUCAAGGUCCAACAUCCAGGAGUUCAAGAACUAAUGAUGACUGAUAUUCGUAAUCUGCAAGCCUUUGCACUGUACAUGCAGAAGACAGAUAUCAAGUUUGAUUUGUUCUCCGUGACCAAGGAAAUGGAGAAACAGAUUAGUUAUGAAUUUGACUUCACGAGGGAGGCUGAUGCUAUGCAAAGAAUUCGACAUUUUCUAUGCGAGAAUAACAAGAAGUCCCCCGUACAAGUGCCACGGGUGAUACAAAGUAUGGUCAGCAGGAGGGUUCUAGCGAUGGAGUAUAUAGAUGGAAUACCUAUUCUUAAGAUUGGGGAUGAAAUGGCAAAGAGAGGCAUAAAUCCUAGUGGCAAGUUGGCGGUAGCCGCAAAGCAGAAUAUCCUUAACAGUUUAUCACUUGCAUAUGGGGAAAUGAUACUAAGGAGUGGUUUCUUUCAUGCAGAUCCCCAUCCUGGAAAUAUUCUCAUCUGUAAAGGUUCACAGGUUGCAUUGCUCGACUAUGGGCAAGUGAAGAACCUUCCGGAGAAUUUGAGACUAGGAUAUGCUAACUUGGUUCUUGCUAUUGCUGAUAAUGACCAAGAAAAGGCAGGGCACAGUUACAGAGAGCUUGGGAUAGACACUUUGAGCCAAUGUGAGGAUGAACAAAAAGAAUUGCUUAGGCUGGCACAGACUAUGUUUGAUACUAAACUACCCCCUGGCGUGACAAUGCUUCAACCUUUCGCAGAAGGAUCUUCAAUUAAAAAGAUUGCUGUUUCGGCUUUUCCGGAGGAACUGUUUUCGGUUCUUCGCACCGUGCAUCUACUGAGAGGGCUCAGUGUUGGACUUGGGAUUAACUAUUCAGUUGCUGAGCAGUGGAGACCCAUUGCUGAAGAAGCACUGUACCUGGCUGGAAGACUUACAGGGAAAGAGCUCAAAAGUGUGCAGAGGAGAGGCUUUUUUAGAAGAAAACUUUGGAGAUAAUAAACACCCAAUACUACUUUUUUUUGUUCCCCCUCCCCCUCUAUUUUUUUAAACACUUUCUUACUAAUCACUCCACUUAUUAAUACUCCAUAAUUAAUAUAAUUGAGUCCUAGUUUAGGUUGUAUUCCCUCAGUCCCAUUUUAUUUUCGCAUGAUCAAUCGCGCUAAAUAGUAAAUACCUCUCGUGGUCAAAUAAGAUAUUUUCCCCCUUAUAUUAUUCUCUUUUCUCCAAGUUGUAACAACACCCACACGUGAGACAUUGUUGAGAAUAUUGUUUUCCAUUUAAUGUUUUAAAUAUUUUUUUAAUGAUUUAUAUUAACAACAAUGAAUUACUCUUUGCUUC